AUGAAUUCGAAUACAAAUUAUACCAGAAAUUCUGGAGUCGAAGAAUUUGCGCUUGACUCUUUGACUCCCGAAGAUAUUACAACAAAUGUCUCAACCACCUCAUUGGAGAUCGUAAGCGAAAGUGAUGAACGCAAAAGAGGAAUGAUGUGUGUAGCAGCUGGAUUCACUUGCAAUUUUAUGAUAUUUGGAAUAGCAUUCUCAUAUGGGGUCUUCCAAGAUUUUUACACCUCUGAAAUUGGUCCCUUGAAAUCUGAAUCUGCAUCAAUGGUGGCUUUGAUUGGUACUUUGGGAACUGCGCUAACAUACGCUGUUGGCGUGUUUAACAAUUCACUUACAUAUUACCUAAGUUGUACCAAAAUAAUGCUAAUAGGCUCAACCAUCAUGUCAUUAGGACUAAUUCUCACCGGAUUUGCAAAUCAAUAUUACCAAUUUCUUUUAACUCAGGGAAUAAUGUUUGGGAUUGGAUCAUCAUUUCUUUAUCUCCCUCCUGUGGUCUGUGCACCUGCGUAUUUCGACAAGAACAGAAGUAUUGCUAUGGGUAUAGUUUUUAGUGGUACGGGUUUCGGGGGUUUGGCAAUGGCUGCAUUUAGUAGAUACCUUAUAGCACACGUAGGUUGGAGGUGGUGUGUAAGAAUAUUAGGAUUCAUGAAUCUCUUUGUAACCGGAGCUGCAAGUUUCUUAGUAUAUGAACCUAAAACUUUUAAUUCAGUUGCACACUCAAGAGGUUUGUUCAAGAUGAACCAGUUAGGUUCUUUAAAGGUUUGGUUGCAAUUACUUGCCAGCUUUCUUCAAAGUGCCGGAUAUUUGAUCCCAUUGAUCUAUAUGUCAAAAUAUGGUCAAACAUUGGGUUUCAGCCUUGACCAAGGUGCCUUAUUUAUCGGUGUUAAUAAUGCUGUCAAUGCUAUAUUCAAAGUAAUUAUUGGUUAUGCUGCUGACAGAUUAGGAAGACUAAAUAUGAUUACCGUGUGUAGUCUUUUAAGUGCGACGACAAUAUUUGGAUUGUGGUUGAUAAGUACCAGAGAAACAUUCAUAUCUUUUAUUGUGUUGUACGGAGUGUUUACUGGAGCAAUAAUUGCCUUACUUCCGACAUGCUUGGUAGAGCUCUUUGGGCUUCAAAACUAUCAAUCCUUGUCUGGCUUAAUGUACUUUGCUAGGGGAAUUGGCAGCUUGUGUGGCAGUCCAAUAGCAGGGUUGUUCAUUACAGGAGGUGGUUCUAAGUCCAGUGAAUACAGAGGACUGAUCAUUUAUAAUGGAGCUUUACUAUUAGCCAGUUCUAUAUGUCUUAUUGCAUUGAGAACUGCAGUGGCUUUUCCUAAACAGAAGUUUAAGUGGAAGGUAUAA